AAAAAAAAAACAGCCUUACAGGUGGUUGCCUUAGCGAUGGACGGGGAGUCAGAACUGAACCCUGCCGUAGCAGAAGAGGCAGCAGGGGAGCGGGUGGAGCCCAUGGAUGCCACUCCCUCCCCCGAGCAACAGACCACGCCCCCCUCCGAGGAGGCUGGGGAGGCAGUUUCCAUGGUAACGGAAGAAGAAGAAGAUGAAGCCACAAAGGAGGGUGGCACAGAGGACAAUGCUGAUGACGAUGUGGUUCUGGUAGGGGAGGAGGAGGAAGAGGAGGAGGACCCCCAGCCUUCUGCCACGACCCCUUCCCAGGACACGCCCAGCACAGACGGCCCAGAGCCGGCUGCGUCCGUAGACAUGUCCACGCCAGCAGAGGUGACCCCCAGUUCUCCUGCGUCUUCCAGCACAUCCACGACGGCGGCGGAAGCGGCGCCUUCCAAACCUCCAACCACAGAGGCAGAGCCCAUCGUCAUUGACGAUGAGGAGGACUCUGAACAGAAAGACGUUUCCUCCUCCUCGCCAGCGCACCCUGGAGGCUCCUCAGAGUCCCACUCGCCAGGCGCCCUCAGCAGCACGGAGCCAGAUUCAGAGAUCAGGAUCGCCAGCGUCACCACGCUGGGCUCCAGUAGCCAGAAAGAAGAAGAUUCCACUGUCUCUGCAGUGAAUACGCCGCCGCAUCCAGUGGACGUCCAGGAAGACAUGACCCUGAUGAUAACCUCGGUGACAUCACUGCAGGGCGACGCGGCGGCUGACACAGCGGCAGGUGAAGGCCAGGCGGAGGAAAACGGUCUGCAGAUUAGCAGCGCGUUCAGCUUGAAUCCCGACACCCCAUCUGGUCGACCGACAGCCUCCUUCAACCCAGGGCGGGGCUCGGGCCCCAUGGGCCAGCUGGUACAGAACGGAGACACGGGGACGCACAACAGAGCAGACUCGUGGAUCUCCCAGUCAGCUUCAGUCCCUCGCAACCAAAAACAGACAGGGGUCGACUCUCCGUCGCCGGCCACCUCGCUGCCCAAACCUCCAGGCCAGUCUUCCUCGUCUACUUCCUCCUCAGGCUCCCAGCCGCAGCCCCGGACAGUCAAGGUGACCUGUGCCAACUGUAAAAAGCCUCUGAAGAAAGGCCAAACGGCCUACCAGCGUAAAGGCUCCACACACCUGUUCUGCUCCACCACCUGUCUCUCUGCCUUCUCACACAAACCCGCCCCCAAGAAGAGCUGCACCAUGUGCAAAAAGGACAUCACAAACAUGAAAGGCACCAUUGUGGCCCAGGUCGACUCCAGCGAGUCCUUCCAGGAGUUCUGCAGCACCGGCUGCCUCGGCGCAUACGAGAACAAGCAAAACCCGCCCAAAUCGGGCAUCAAGACCAAAUGUACUGUCUGCGGCAAGCUCACAGAGAUCCGGCACGAGGUCAGCUUCAAGACCGUGACCCACAAGAUCUGCAGCGACACGUGUUUCAACGUUUACCGCAGGGCCAACGGCUUGAUCAUGAACUGCUGCGAGCAGUGUGGCGACUACCUGCCCAGCCGAGCGUCAGCCAACCACUUCCUGCUGGUCGACGGCCAACAGAAACGCUUCUGCUGCCAGAACUGCAUCAGGGACUUCAAGCAGGCUAACAGUAAACUUGCUACCUGCCUGACUUGCAAAACGCUGAUCAAGACGGGCGAGGUGCUGCACAGCCUCGGAGCGGGCGGCACUAUGGGCUCCUACUGCUCUGUAAACUGCAUGAACAAGGGCAAGCUGGCGUCGACCUCCUUCAUCAACACAGAGCCAACGUGUCACUUCUGUAAGAGGAACUCAUUACCGCAGUACCAGGCCACGCUGCCGGAGGGAAACAUCCUCAACUUCUGCAGCUCUCAGUGUGUUACCAAGUUCCAGAACGCUACUCUUCAGACAACCACCAAUGGACAGACGGCGCUCUCCACCACAAACAACAGCGUCCAGCUGAAGUGUAACUACUGUCGAGGAGCGUUCAGCUUGAAGCCCGAAAUUUUGGAGUGGGAGGAUAAGGUCUACCAGUUCUGCAGUAAGACGUGUUGUGAGGACUACAAGAAGCUCCACUGCAUCGUGACGUUCUGCGAGUACUGUCAAGAGGAGAAGACGCUGCACGAGAUGGUCAAGUUCUCCGGAGUCAAGAGGCCUUUCUGCAGCGAAGGCUGUAAGCUGUUAUUUAAGCAGGACUUCAUCAAGCGGUUGGGUCUGAAGUGUGUCAGCUGUAACCACUGCAACCAGCUCUGUAAGCGAGGUUUGACCCGGCAGCUCGGCGGUAUGAUGCGGGACUUCUGCAGCGAGGCCUGUUCCAAGAAGUUCAACGACUGGUACUACAAGGCGGCGAGGUGCGACUGCUGUAAGGUGCAGGGUAACCUGACGGAGUCGGUCAUGUGGAGAACAGAGAUGAAGCAGUUCUGUGACCAGGAGUGUCUGUUGAAGUUCUACUGCCAGCAGAACGAGCCCAUCAUGGUCACACAGAAAGGCCCCGAGAACUCCACCCUAGGUUAUGAAAUGCAUGGGGCCAAACUUGGGAUGGUGAAUCAGGGCACCGCGGCGUACGCUGGUGGAGGUUUGAUGAGAGACGUCAAGAACAAGGCCGUGCUCUGCAAGCCGCUCACGCUCACCAAGGCUACUUACUGCAAGCCACACAUGCAGAGCAAACUUUUACAGACAGAUGUAGACGAUGGCGUGAAGAGGGAGUAUAUUCCUGUACCCAUACCUGUACCUGUCUUCAUCCCCAUUCCCAUGAAUAUGUAUUCCCAGUUCACUCCUACUCCGGUCUCUCUGCCUGUACCGGUCCCCGUGCCUGUGUUCCUGCCCACCACCCUGCAGGGGGCGGAGCAGAUCAUCCAGACCCUCAACGAGCUGAAGAACAAGAUGACCUCUUACCCUCUGGAGGCCGACCUGCUCUCUGUGGCUGACAUCAUCACAGACGACCAGAAGCCAGAUGUGAAGCUGGUGAAGAGGGAGCGUGGAGGAGUGGAGGCCUCCAGCAGCAGCUCUGAGGAAGAAGAGAAGGAGGAGGAGGAGGAGGAGGUGGAGAAGCAGAAGGAGGAAGAGGAGCAGGAGGAGGAAGAGGUAGAGAAGAUGGAGGAGGUGGAGGAGAAGAAGGUGAAGGAGGAGGAGGACCAGUAUGAGCCCGACCUGGAUCUGGAGGCAGACUUCCCUCAAGCCUCAGACCCUGUUCCAGUCCUGGAGGGAAUGGACGAGGACAUGGGCUUCUCUCUACCUCCAGUCCUGGCUGAGGAGUCGGAGGAGUCGGCACCUCAACCACAGCCCAGGAGACAAGGGAACAAGAGACGGGCGGUGGAGGAGGGCUCAGAUCUGGCCUCGUCUUCUUCCUCCCAUCUAACAGACAGAUGCUCAGAAGGACGGUCGCUACCUCUCAAAGCUCGCUACGGCAUCAAUGCCUGGAAACGCUGGGCGCUGUCUCCUUCUGACCAAUCAGACGACGCCAAAGUAAAAGACCGCUCCAAACCAGCUCGGUCUAAAAGUAACCUGUUGUCGCUGAGUUCAGAGGAGCUGAACGUGGCUCUGUCCCGGUUUGUCAGGGAGGUGUGCCGGCCCAGCGGGGAGCGCUACUCUCCAGACAGCAUCCUCUACCUCUGUCUGGGGAUCCAGCAGCAUCUUCAUGCCAAAGGCCGGAAGGAUGACCUGUUCAGUGACCCGUGUUACCAGCAGUUUGGAGAAGAGCUCAACAAGGUCCUGAAGGACUGGCAGCCCAGCGUGCUUCCUGAUGGCUCUCUGUGGGGUCGCGUGGAGGAACAGAGUCUGUGGAGCAGCCGGCAGCUCGGCGAGCAGAGUCCGGCCGCUCUGCUGCGCUCGCUGGUCUACCUGAACACCAAAUACUUCGGCCUGCGCACCGUGGAGCAGCACCUCCGCCUCUCCUUCGCCAACGUCUACGGCCCCGACACCGUCCAUCCUGUCACCAAGGAGACCACCGUCUGCAUCCGCGUGCCUUCCAUCUCUCAGGACCACCACGUGCAAACAGAGUCGAGGAAGAGGAAGCGUACGUUGGAGGACGGCGAUCAGGACUACGAACCAGACGACGACUCGGGAGGCUCCACCGUUCGUUGCCCGGUUAAGAAGCACGAGUGUCACCUGUACGACCUCUACAGAUCCAAGUGCCCGGCGUUGUUGCGGGAGCGUCUGGACGUCUUCUACGUUCAGCCGGAUCCGGCCUGCGGUCCCGACGACCCGCUGUGGUUCAGCUCCACGCCGCUGGAGCGACAGAUCCUGGAGAGCCUCCUCACCAGAGUCCUCCUGGUCAGGGACGUUUACACAGACAAACAACACCUGGAGGAAGACGAAGAGGAGGAGGAGGAGGAGGAAGAGGAGGAGGAAGAGGGUAGUGCGAGGCUGAUCUAAAAGAGUUGGCAGCUGGUAGGUUGAAAUUCCAUCUUCGAUGCAAUCAGUAGUUGCAGAAAAAUAGAAACGCAAGUAGGUUUUUUGCAGCUAAUCAUGCAACUAUAAGUGCUACUUUACAUUUUAAAGGACGAUUAAACACUAAAUAUUCGACACCAGAACAAUGGAGUGCUCCAGGGAUAUUAUUGUAGGCUAACCAGGAAGUUAGCAUCGCCCUGGUUCCCUCCACAAAAAGCCAACGAGAUUGUUCCAUUGGGUUUUGGAUUACUGCAGAAAAUCAGCUCUCCAUAUAAUAAUAAUCUUCACAAAUGAACACCACUUUACACCACAGUCACAUGAGCGCGAGUGAAAACAACUAGGCUGUAAAGGAAGACGAGUCGGCGCGAUGACGUUUAGUAGUCUCAUUUAGCCACUUGUUAGCAACCUCCUUUUUUAAGACACAUAACCAAAUAUUUGUUAAACACAAAUUAUUACACGAGUAAAACGUUCGCUUCCGGUGGCGAAGCAUCUUCGCAUCGCGUUGGGUUCAACUUUGGUGACAUUUUCAAAGUCGCAGCCUCAACCGAUAGCAAACACACGUGUGUUGUUGACCCUGCUUGUAUCGGGCCUUAAGGUCGUGACCUAAUAUGUAUUUUGAAAGUGAUGCCGUGUAGCACUCAGGAUGAAAACCUCCAGACUUUCUGUUGCCUUUUUCCCUGCAUAAAGAUGGAAUUUCUGACUUUCCAGCAUGUCUUGAACGCAGCAUAAAGACCUCUUCCUCCCAGUCAGGCCGACCUCCUGGUAUCAUCUCAUAUCUCAUUAGAACUUGGGCUGCUUCCCAUUUCCUUCCCAUCAUCCCCCUCACCGCUCUUCCUCUUGUCAGAACUGCUCUCAGGCGAAAACCCCGCCGGCACCACGGAGGACUCAGAGGAGUCGGGUCUGAUCCCAGGACAGUUAAACCUCUCGCUGUGUGUGUGUGUGUGUGGCGCGGGUUUAAAGGCAACCCUACCGACAUGCUGCGUUUCUUUAUAGGACAUUAGGGGGGAACCUCCAUUCACGCCAUGUAGCAUUACGUGCAUACUAAGCCCAGGUUGGGUCGCUCUUUGAAGUGUAAAUAUCUCUGGCGGUUAUUUAGAGUCGACACGGAGAGAGAAACACCCACUGAAAAACCUUCAGCUUGAAACAAACCUCCCGAGAAGCCUUUUUUGUUUUUAAAGAAAAGACUGAUUAUUUAUUUAUCUCUUUAUUAGUUUAUCCUCUUUACGUUUAUGGGUGCCAUUUUCUUCUCAACAUCUGCUGCAGUCCCUCGCCUCUCUCGUCCAUUUAAAAAGGGUAUUUGUGCAGGAACCUGCUUAAACAUGAAGGACACGGAUCAUUCAGAGACUAUUUUUCAACGUUUCCUUUAUGCUUCCCCCCCCGUGUUUGUACAUCUCCUUUUUAAACUUUAAAAACUGAGCACCUCUUCUUCCAAACUGUUUUAGAGUGCUAGCACUGCAGAGUUAUACCGUAAUAACCGAUUGGUUGGACAUUUUUUGUCUUCAUGAGCUAAACAUGUUUUACACUAUCCGUUGUUUCUUUAUUUUUUUAUUUAUGUGAUUAAAGUCCCCUUUUUUUUACUUUUCAUUUUUUUGAGUUUGCUUUCUGAAUGUUUCAAUAAAUUUGGAGAAAGUGUCGUCAUGUUUAAAAUCACGUGAAAGAUUAUUGGAGGAUUGUUUUUUUGUAUUAGUUUUCAUUUAAAUAUACACCCAAACAAAAUGUACGUUUCCACAACCAGUGCUCAAAAUAUAUAAGGAACGCCCUCCAGAUGAUGAAUGAAUGAAAUUUCUCCUGACUGAAACUGGUUUAACUUUUUAACACUUCAUUUUAGCUAAAGAGAGCAGGUGUUCCUGUUAUUUUGUCCACUCCUUUGUGCAUUUAUGACAACAUUUCAGGAACUAAAGGUUUUGUGGGUUUUGGAGGAAGAACCCUGGUCUGGAUUUCUGACACCAGAUCAGCGUCGCCGGCCCCAAAAACCUUUUUAAACUUUGGAAGUGAACCCCACCCCCACCCCACCCCCCGGAUCGGAGGACCCUGGCUGAUGUUUUUUCCCUGCUGGACUCGGAGGCGCUGACCGGACCUACAGCAGCCGCUGUGGCUGGACGUUAACGCCUCAUGUGAAUGUGCCUAUCUGUAUAUACUGAAAGUGAGUGAUUGUGAGUCUGAUGCUAUGUGUGUGGGCUGAUCUGCUGAUACGGUCAUGUUAAAUAAAUGAUUUCAUUUUCUAACCAGA